UUUAGAGUCACGAAUACAAAAAUCGACCCACAGUAAUUGGUGGAGCUAUAAAAUGCACUUGUGGUAUCAUAAAAGUGCUGGGGAUAUCCGUUUACUAUUUCCAGGGCUGAGGAUUAUUUUGUAAUGUGUCGGUGGCUCCGGGGAAUAUGAAGACAUUACAUUGUUAAAAAAUAAAUUUUUUAAACCCUCGGAAAUCUUAUCUAAAACGAAUAUUACACGAUAACUCGCGCAGGUGUUCGAUAUCUCUCGGAGUCGAUAUUAUAUUGUAGAUAAUCGUUGGCUCAAUGAGCUGGUGAUAACAGAGGAAUUUAAUUCAGUCGAGGCAUGGGGAUCCGCGCGAUAUUUUUACUCUCUCUGUUUUUCUCGGGGAAUCCCGGAUUCAACGGAUGUCAGAGCGUAGGGGUUCAACAUCCCCAGGAAUGCUCUCAAGACUCUGAUUGUCCGGUGAAUAGUGCCUGCGAAGUUCAUCGGUGUCGAUGCACUAAUGGAUUUUUAUUUAGUGGCGAUGGAACGAGAUGUCUAAGAGUUGCGGAAAGCUACGGCGACUCCUGCGAGGAAAGUCUUCAAUGCUCGUCAUAUCUUUCUGCUGGUGGAACCUGCACCAGUGGAAGAUGCGCCUGUUCCCCGGGGUUCCAUUAUCUGCACGGAUUUUGUUACAAAAAAUCCGAACUCGGUGAGACGUGUUUCUCCUCUGAUAACUGUUACGUGAAUUAUCAGCCCGGGGCAGCGAUCUGUGAAAAUAACAAGUGUCGAUGCAGCAGUGAAUUUUAUCAGCGUGAAUACCGCAGCUGCAGACGUGCAGCGCAAAAAAUCGGAGAAGAUUGUGCUAUUGAUAUCGAUUGCAAAUUUGACGCGAGAGCUACGUGCGAUAAAUCAAGGGGCUGUCAAUUGAAUGACAGCGGAACUUCAGUCGUUGAACGACUGGAGUUCAGUCCACGAAGAGCCGUAAAAUUAAAUCCUGAGUGGAUUAAAAAAUCGUGUAAAUCGUCCUCCGACUGUAGUUCCAUGGGUUCAGCCACUUGUAGUUCUCACGGAACUUGUGUCUGCGAUCGAGCGCAUUUCUUGUCUGGAACCGGAGAUAAAUGCAUUCCCGAACUCGGUGAACCGUGCACACCCCCGGAACUCCCGCAAAUCAAGAACUCCGUCUGUCGUGAGGAUGUGUGGAGUUGUAAAUCAACACACGUUCCCGCAAUCAGCAAUCGUGAGUGCAAAAAAGCGACGACGAGGUACAGAACUUCGUGUCUGUUCCAGGAACAGUGUUUCGUGUUCGGUCCUGACGCUGUCUGCACCGACAGGAAAUGCGUCUGCAAUGAUAAAUCUCAUUACGUGGAUGAUAAGAUGUUCUGUUGGAGGAAUAGAGGUGUAGGGGAGAGCUGCAUUGAAAAUGAAGACUGUUACAUCAGAAGUUCUGACGUUCCUGUUCACUGCGACGGGUUCGUCUGUUCCUGUCUGAACGGAACGCACGUCAGUUCCGACAGAUCGACUUGCAUAAACGAUCAAAACGAAAUCGGAGGGUUCUGCAUUGGCAACGAAGACUGCACCACAGAAAAUUCAAUUUGCGCCGACAAAUCCUGUGUUUGCGCUGAAAAUCAUUACCAAUCAGAGGGUAAAUGUCUUCCGGGGAACUUCGCAAAUUGCAAUCAAAAUCUCGACUGCAAAGUUCCCAAUUCUGUCUGCAGAAAUGGCACCUGCGGCUGUCACAAUGAACAUGUCGCUGCCUCAGUGAACCUCUGCGUUCCAGUCGUUCCACUGGAGGCACCAUGCAAGCAUCAUAUCCAGUGCUCUUCGAGAACUCCAAACAGUUUUUGCAGAAUUUUAACACCAGAACCCGAGGGAGAACUCGAAGAGAAUGAAACCGAUUUAGCGGGAACAUGCGCCUGCGGGGAGGGAUUUUAUCAUAAUUUCGAGGGCUGUUUCAGAAAGCGAGUUCUCAAGGAAACCUGUCAGAACAUCGCCGAGUGCUACAUCGAAUCCAAUCAGAACUCCGUCCUCUGCAAAAAUGGAAUAUGCAGUUGCAAUUUUGGUUGGAGAGCAAUAAACGAUUCCCACUGCGAGAGUGGAGGCGCCAGGAUGUCCAGCAGGACGUGGAUGCUAUUAAUUGUCCUGGGUGUACUCUGUACUCAUACCUCGAUGUAAUAAUUCAGAAUAAAGCGAGCGGUAGCUCGAGGGAAUAUUUAUCGAUGGCAAAUUGAA